CUAAAGCUAAAGAACAUGAAGAGGCAAAACAAAAGAAGCAAAAAAGUAAUAGCAAACACGAAUCAUUUUCAAGUAUUGUUAUACGAUUGGUACAAACUUUCGCCGAUUUUGGUAUUCAAGUAAAUUUGUUUGAAAAAGCUUGUGUUGAUUUUGAAUCUCAAGUAUCCUUUUCAGAUCCAAUGUGUGAAAUUCUUCAAAGAAGAAUUGAUGAGUUAGAAAAAAAUAAUAAGCAAUUAUUAAGUGAAAAUGAAACAUUAAAAAAAAAGUUAAGCGAAAGAUUUACUAACCAAGAAGAUCGCAUUCAUUCUAUAAUGAGAUUGCCAAAAAAGAACGAA